UAUUUAAGAAGUUUAUGCUUUGAAAAAUAAAAAACUUUGCACAAAAAAAAAAUAAAAAUAGUUUACGUUUAAUGUUUGUUUGCGCGAGAAAGAAAUAAAUGAUCACCCGACUUGGUAGAGUUCGAUCAAUCCUACCCUUUCAUUUGAAAUCAAUCUUCAAUCUUUUUACACCUCAUUCAAAUCCCAAACACAAGAAAAAAAAAAAAAACUCCUCUCCCUCUCUCUCUCCUCUCUCACAUAAGGUCGGCUCACCACCACCACCACCACCUUCAACCACCUCACUUUAAAAUCCCCACCCUCCAGAAUUGCUGAAAUCAUUAAUCUAAAAACCCCAAAACCCAAUUCCCCCAAUUUUCCCUGUUCACGAUAACAACCACUAACAACCGCCACUACUAUCAGUAGCUUUGAUGGUCAAACAAUAUGGGUGUGUUGCUCUCAAUUUGUUGGGUAAGGCCUAAGGGGCUAAGUGUUGGUAUAACAAGAGCUUGAUAUAUAUGUAUAUGUAUAUAUUUGUUGGUUGGAUUACAAGGCCUUGAUGAUAUACACUAUAUUGUAGAGUUUUAAAGUAACUCUACUAGAUCUGUAGAAACAAUUUGGGUUAUUAAUUAGGAGACGAAGGAUAUGGGGUGUUUUGCAUCAACGCCAAAGGAGGGUGGCGGAAAUAGAAGACGGCCGAGUAAUAUUGGGGAUGUUUCAGUGUUCGUUCCGGGGUUUCGGAUUCCGAAACCAGUAGAUUUCUCUGUUUGCCUUGGUGAUCAGGUUCCAAAACUUGUUGUUGAUCGUUUGUCGGCUCUUCGAACUCAAAUUCUUGUAAUGGUAGGCCACGAAGCUCUUACAGUCACUCGCUCACGAAGAAAAUCGGCUACACAACACGGAGGUUCGACUUUGGCUGAUCUUCAGCAAUCUCUCCAAGAUUACUUGCCAGUUCUGCUGGGAUUAGUUAAAGAUGGAAGCCCCUUACAGCACAAGAUACAAUUUGUUUGGGUUAAUCAGGAGGAUGUUGCAGAGGAAACGACCGUGUCGAAUGCUUGGUAUGAGGUAUUGUCUGUGCUACAUCUGAUGGCGAUGCUAUCGUUAUCACAAGCCAACCUCUUACUUCUCCCCAGAAUAUCUCCAGAUGGCUAUCAGCCAAAGGUCUCAGAUGAAAGCAGGCGUGCUUCUGUUGAUGUCUUCUUGAAGGCAGCAGGAUACCUUGAUUGUGCUGUACGCCAUGUUUAUCCACAACUUUCAGCUGAAAUGAGGAGAAACUUGCCAGUAGACCUAGCUGAAGGAGCUAUACGUGCUCUUUCUCUGCAGGCACUUGGUCAGGGUGUAGAUAUCCAAUUGGGAAUGGCAAUUGAUAGUGCUAAAGCUACACUUGCUGUUAAGCGAAGGCUAGCAUGUGAAAUGGUAAAAUACUGGCAACAGGCACAAGAUAACAUAAUGAACUUGCCAUUAUCCAAUGGAUGGGGUGAAAAGCAUCAGCUGUUCAUUAAGUGGAAGUAUGUUGAAGCAAAGGCUACUGCUUAUUAUUAUCAUGGACUCAUUUUGGAUGAGGGAAACACAGAGAAAUCCCACGGAAUGGCUAUUGCUGCCUUGCAAGCAGCUGAUGAAUAUCUUAAAGAGAGUAAAAAGGCAUGUGAAGCAUUUAACACGGCUCCUCCCCAAUCAAGAAAUCCACCCUCUUGGGGAACCAUGAAGUAUCUCUCUGAGAAAAUACCAAAAGAUACCGCUAGCAAGGUGCGGAUCAACCGAGACUUGUAUACGCAUGAAAAAAUCAUGGAGACUGCACCAACACUGCCUGAUUUUGCUUUGGCACUGAAGCCUGAUGAAUAUCAACUACCUCCUGUGCAUUCCUGUUGGAGUGGAGAAACUAUAAAUUCGGUACAAGGUCCCAACUAGCAUUAUAACUAAAAGCACAUACCUGACAAGCAAGCUUUUUCUCAUUUCAGAAUUCCCCCUCUGCCAUAUUUGAAGAUGAGAGGAAAUCUUGCACAAAAUGUAACAUUAUUUGUUGUGUGUGAUCUGAGGACAUCUUUUUUUUUUUUUUUUAACGUUCAUCACUCCCUUAAGGUGACAGCAGUCUCUUGUUUUCAGCAUCAACCUACCAACAAAAUCGUGUAUAAUUGUAUAAAAUGAACAGUUGGAGGACAUCUUGUUUUUUUUUUCAAUACUGAAAAUAAUGUGUAUUUUUUGUGUUGGCAAGUAAUAAUAAUCUGUUUCAUUAUCUUC